GUUUAUCUGAAGAUGAUGAUGUUAUGAAAGAAUCCAAUGAUCCCACACCAUUUGUGUCUAUAUUAGCUGCAAAUGUACCAAGUCAAAGUCUAAGUGAUGUUUUAGGAGAUUAUUGUCAUCCUACAGUAAGAAAUGUGCCAUUUGAAAGUCAGAACAUAAAUUCUAUUGAUAAUUCUGGGAUAUUUACAACUGAAGAUGAAAAUAUUACAGAUUUAGUUGAACCAAAUGAUGAAAUUGGGAGUCUCAUUCCUGAGAUAGAUAAUACUGAAACUGUAGAUGAUAUGGAAAUACCUACAGACUUGGAUACAAGUUCACAAAACCCAAAUGAGGAAAGCACAGUUUAUGAUGAAACUUUGCAAUCAGAAGACAUAACAGAAAAGGAAGAAUCGUUAGACUCUAUUAAUCCUGUUAUAAUAAACCCUAUUAAAGUAUAUUAUGGUAAAAAGUCAUGCAUUCUUGUUAUGAAACAUCCUGCUCAAGUUUACAUGCAUGGUAAAGUCAAAGUUAAGUCAUUAGGUGGUACUGUAGAGAUAUUUGGGUAUACUCUUCAAGAAAACACAUAUGAUAUUUAUGCACCACAUUACAAUUUUGCACAAAGCAUAAAAACUGUAGAGAAUGCAAAUGCAUUUUAUGGUUUAUUUGGUAAACUCACAGCAAGCGGUUUAUCUGUAUCAGAUGCUGAGGAAGUAGUGACUUCAAUUGGAGAGCAUGAUGCAGUUAUCUACUUGCAACCAUUGACGAGCAGAAAAAUUGAAUUUGUACAGACUAAUUUCAAUGUAACUGAUUUGUUUAGCAAGCAGAAUAGGAAUGUUGAUAAUUGUUUAAAGAAAGCCUCUAACUUAUUAGGUUGUUCGCUGUAUUUGUCAAAGCCAUUGAAGAGUUUACAGGAACCAGUCAGUUGGAAACAAGUCAUACAAUAUGGACUGGCUGACCAUAUUAGCAAGGGCAUAAUAUGUGGAGGCAAAGGUGCUGGCAAAUCCACAUUUCUACGUUACUAUGUGAAUAAACUCCUUGUUCAGGGACCAGUUCUGGUCAUAGACCUGGACCCUGGGCAGUGUGAAUUCACUGUGGCUGGCAACGUGUCGGCCACGGUUGUCACAGAGCCUUUAUUGGGACCGAAUUUUACACAUUUGGGGAUUCCGGAGUUGUCACUCCAUGUAGCUAUGAUCAACACAAUGGAUCAUCCAAAGAGAUACGUUAAUGCCGUGGAAAUGUUAAUCUCUUACUGCUACAUUGAUGAGAGACUUAAGACCAUGCCUUGGGUCGUCAACACCAUGGGGAUGACAAACGCUUUGGGCCUAAAGUUUAUCGCAUUAACCAUUCUGAAAAUAAAACCUACAUUCCUUCUUCAAAUCGACUCGAAAAAUGAAAAGAAGAGAUUCGACUUCCAUCUUUACCCGCAGACCGUUAGAAAUUUAUAUUUCGAAGAUUUCCAGAAUGAUCCAUUUUUCAAAAAUAUUACGGAAUCGCAAGUAGAUUAUAAGUUCUUGAUAUCACACCACACUGAGAAGUCUCCGAAGAAUAACUUUUCGCUGGCGCCGCGGGAUGAGAGAUAUUUGAAUUAUUUGGCGUAUUUUGGAGAAUUAUUGGACACACACUCUGGGGAUAUUUUGGGAAUUGUACCAUAUGAGGUGGAUUUAAAGGAUAUAGCAGUGGUCCUGAACGUAAAAAUUAGCGGCGAUGUGGUCAGUGCAGUUUGGAAUGGGAAGGUGGUCUCGCUGUGCAGCAGUGAUCAGAAGGCAGGAGUCUCCACGCUUGCUGACGAACCUCUGCAGUGGCACGGGUGUGGGCUUAUUCGCGGAAAUGAUGUCGAGAAAGGAAAAGUGUAUAUCAUCACGCCGACACCGGACUUCCAGCUGUCUAAUGUUAAUACUGUGGCGUACGCGGACUGGGUGCCUGAACUGCGAGGGCUAGAGCGCACAUUGCCUCCUGACACUCAAGUGCCUUACCGCACUGCCUCUGUCUACCACCACCGGCAACUCAUGUUCACGCCAAAACGACGCUUCAACCCACUACAGCUACUGAAAAUGUCUAGGAGCUCCUAAAUUGAAACCUUCGAGUUAGUUAAUAAAUUUGUAAUUGGAGUAAAUCCAAAAUAAUUAUCUUAUAUCAUAUAAAGGAAGUAAUGUUAAUUCAUGUAUAUUUGAAAGAUAAUUUUGUACUUACAAUACUAAUAAAACAUAACAUAGAUUGAUUGUUUUUUAACUUAAAUAUUUUUCCCAUUCCUAAACACCUUUGUUUUGUAAAUGCUGUAAUGAUUUUCAUUUUU